AUGGAGCUGCAUGGAAUAAGAAUUGUUGCCGUGGAAGAUGUUUCAGUAUUUAUUUUUCGGGCCAAAAUUAUAAAUCCCUUAUCAAACAAAUUCAUUACUCAAUUUUUACCUCAAAUCAUUCCCAUCACUGAAGAAAGACAAGCAGUAUUAGGCGAAAUCAAAAACCAUUUCAAAUCUCAUUCAAAAGAGCACUACUUGAGAAAACGUAUUAUACCCAUUGGUGACUCAGAAAUUCCUGAAGUCAAGGAGUGUAAGCUAAAUAUCUGUACCCUUUGUUUUGACCAUUGUUCUAAGCGUCACAUCAACGAGCAUCUUAAAAAGGUUCAUCAUAUAUAUAAUAAGUUUCUCCAGCACACAUUAGCUACACUGGGGUAUGUGAUUCCCAACCAGAACAGAACUAUGUCCUAUCUCUAUCGCAAAACGGUAUUUUCGGCUGAACCUAUUGAUAUGCUUGACUUGGGUAGUUCCGUUCCCAAAGAUAACAGUGAGGAUAAGUUUUUGCGGUAUAUUCACGCCGAGGACUACGAAGGAAAGGGGUAUGCCCAAUAUCUUGCAGGCGAGAACGAAAUGGAAAGCGGUCCAGUUAUUGCAGCGAUCGAGACAUAUAUGAUGAAAAGAAGGGACCACAUGAGAGCCAGCCACAGCAUAUUCAGUAAAAUGAGUGCAAUGAAAAUAUUGAAGCCAAAAUACUUGUAUCCGACAAGAGUGUUAUAUGCAAAGUUGGCCGGCCGGUUUUUCUAUACGUUUGCAAAGUAUAGCGGUAAUGCCACAAUCGAAGAGGUUAUUCAUAGACCAACGCCACUGCUGGUCGAACAAGCCAUGCAUAUCAUGAUGCAGACCUACGUUCUAGUUGCCAGGGAUCCAAGCGAGAAAUUCUUGCAAGCCGUAUUUAUAUCAUUGAUGGUUGCAGAUGAUACGUUUGCUGAAUCAACUGUCCGAGCAAAAACAUUCGACGCUAUCAACUAUUGUCUCAAGUUAGCCGCCUCUGAUUAUAUGGCCGCCAACAACAAUGUAACUGAUGUUUUACUGGCAUGGUACGAGACAGUGUACUCCGAGUUUGAGCACUACAGAAGUGUUCACCAUAGGUUUAACAUGACUAUUCCAGCUUUUAAAACAAGAGUAGAUGAAAUGGAUAUCCGGAAAGCAACUAUUGGGGCAGUCAAGUUUAGUAUCGAUGAUCUCAGCAAGUUGGUUCGAUGUUUAGUUAGAGACUACCACAGGCAGGUUGAAGCCUUACUUCCGAGAGGCGUAAUUAUGGUUGACGCCUUUUACGAAGAGUUCAAACGGAAUGCGGCAGAGUUAUUCAACUGUAAGGAUAGAGGGUACAGUGUGUUUUUUGGAACACCAGCUAUUAACGACAGAGCGGCCAAAUGUCUAUUUCGGUUUAGGGAUGCCUUAGGAGAGCUCUGGGAUAAUGCUGAAUACAUGAAAAUCAUAUUGAACAAAUUAAUGAAGUUGAAUUUAAAUAUAUUGAUAUGCAUUAUGAUAACUUGCGGGAGUCCCUUUCGAAUAUCCGAGCUCUAUACUUUGACUUUUGCCAAUACCGUAAGUAUGGCUCGGACGAUGUAUUUUUCAAACGGACUCAUCCAAUUGAAUAUACAUUACAACAAAACUACCCACAACACGUUGAAGUAUUCCAAUCAUACGAAGGUAUUGCCAGAAGAGGUAUCAAAGAUUGUGAUUCAUUAUGUUUCAGUGGUGAGAUAUUUGGAGAUUGCCAUUUCCGAGAGACAUGGAACGGACGAGAUAUCAAGGAAAUUCAGCGAACCCUCAUACCUGGAGGACACAGACAAUGACGAGUCGGAUAAAGACAACAACGAAAAAAGUAUAAAUGCGAUGGAGAAUCAGUCAAGAAAGGCUAUGUUUCGAACACUAGUAUUCCUAUCCCCAUUAGGUUUGAGAAAAGGUGGACAGGCAUUUGCAUUUCUAGAACGAGUAAGCGAAAAGUAUGUAGGUGAACGGUACACCUCACGACUUAUGCGUCAAGCACUAGUACACUUCACGAGGUUGCUUUUAGCUGAGAGCAAAUUUCGUGAUACGGGAUUUCUCCAUCGUAUAGAUAGGCUCGCAGGUCAUUCGACAACCACGGCCGAUAUGCAAUAUGGAGUGACACAUACGAAUUCGAUGCUACCAAGCGUUCCUGUCAAUAAUAUUGAUAUUCGUAUUGCUUUGGAAUGGCAUAGAAUAUUAGGUUUAGGAGAAAAGGAUGUAAAACCCCUUCAACAGAAAGAAAACCGGGUGUUAUUGAAGGAGAUUAUGUCGCAGUAUUAUAUUGGGCGCGAAGAAAUAUACGCCAUAGGACAGCGUCUUUAUAAAAAUUUCAGUAUUGGCACGUUGGAGCAUUCGCAUAUGUUGUAUGAUGCAUGUAAUUCUGUGAGUGAUAUAUUGGUAGUUAGUCCCACGGGGUCGGGGAAGAGCAAUGCAUUCAAAUUUCCAAUUUUGGCGGAAAAAAAGCUAAAUCUUCCGUUCGUUAGCUUCAUUAUAAGUCCAUUUAUCGGUUUGCUUGAGGAUAUGAAAGAAAAGUUUUCUGAUUUGCAAGAGCUAGCAGUAGAGAUUUUUGACUCUGAAAAGGAAUAUGAGUAUUAUACUACGUGCGACGUUAUCAUCGUUCAGUUGGAAAAAGUGAAGGAGGCAGAGGGUCUAGUGCGGUAUUUGCAUCUGGAAAAAGUCUUCAAAUAUAUCAGACGGUUGGUUUUAGACGAGGCGCAUAUUAUAAUGGAGCAUAGACCAUUUCGUGCGGCGAGCAUCAUGAAAAUCGUAGAGAUUUUUAGAAAUGAUAUCCCCAAGCUAUUUCUUUCUGCAACUUUUCCCAGACUGUUUGAAUCCAGAAUAUGCAGAAUGUUUGAAAUAAAGGAUUGGAGAGUUCAUCGUGGGGAGACGAUCCGUAGGAAUAUCGGCCAUAUUGUUGUGCAUGACAUGUUUGAUGUGACGAGGGCGGUGAAGCAGAUAUACGAAUCCGAAAUAAAACCCAACCAAACGAAAGGAAUUGUGUUUGUAUAUAAACGUAGUUUGGGGAUAGAGUUGGCUCAGGAUUUGAAGUGGUUGUUAUUCCAUGGAAAUAUGUUGUCAGAAGAAAAGGGCAAGGCGUAUAGGGAAUUUGCCAAGCUCGAAGAAGGUAUGAUAAUUGCAACGUCUGCGUUUAGUCACGGAGUAGAUUUAAGAGGAAUCAGCCAUGUAAUAACGGUCGGCCAAAUUAUUAAUAUUAUGGAUUUCCAGCAAGUAGUGGGUCGUAUGUGGCGGGGCGAGCCAGAUAAGAUUGGCCGAUCAUAUAUUUUGUUGCUGCCGGGCAAGAAGCAUGAGUCUAUAACGCCAUCAGUAUGUGUUAAUGGAGCUUUGUCUAGUCAUUUAGAUGGAAAAGAAGAGGAGAAUUGUAGGUCCCUAGGUUGUGUAAGCUGUUCUGUAUGUGAUGAGUCCAAAAGAAUCGAUGUUGGUGCUUUCACCCACGAUUCAUUAAAUUCAGAUGAAGAAAUGGAAGUCGAAGUGAUAGAAGUUGAGGAUUCCGGGGCUGAAUUAUCUGAAUUGCAAGUGAACUUUCGAGAGUGCCAGUUUAAUAUCCUCAAAUUAUAUGGAUUGAUGCCUAAAAAAGAGCAGGUUGCCGAUUCAUUAGGAGUGUAUACCAAUGUAUUCUUCUCGACGGUCAUCAAUCAUGGCCUUAUUAUAGAUUCAGCAGUUUGCCAUGGUUGUCUAUUAUCUAAUUUUCAUGCUCAUAGACUAGAACCGAGCCAUAAAUCGCUGAAAUCUAAUCAGUGUUCGUUGACGCCGCUUCUUCAUGCCUUUGUCAUAUUUGUUCUAUGCGAGAAUGAUAAUGGAAAGGCCCAUUUGGAAAGCAUGAUGAUGUCACCCAAUCUCAGUAGCAUUGUGAUCAGAGGAUUUGAAGAUCUUAUCUUAGAUCUGGGUGGAAAGUAUGCAAAUAUGGCCAGAAGCUUGAUGAGUGGUUCAGCUAUUGAAAGAAAUCAUUUGAAAUUUAGUUGGGAGAAAGUGCGUAAGGCCAGUGCUUAUUUAAAGAAUCCUUCAGCUGAUGAGGUCCAAUUAGUUUACGGAUCAAAUGAGGCGGUGUCCGAGCUUAGUAGAGUCACGCUUGACGCAUUGGAAAUAGCAUGCCGAUUUCGGUUUAAAUCUAUAAAUGGGGAUAAGGUGCGUGGUUUCUGUUAUGGAUGCUGGGGUCGGGUGUUUCAUGAAGAUCCAAAUGAUUGUCAUAGAGGAUUAAUGGCAAGAAUAUUAAUUCAUUCUUAUUAUGAAGAGUUGCUGUUGAAAAAGUAUUGUAUUGAGAGAUGCUUAAGGCUUGAGUAUCCUAGUGUAUGCCAUCUAGUGGAUCUUAUGGCUUUCCGGGAAGAAGAUAAUUUGCCGCUAUUCUAUGAUUAUGUAGAUUGGUUGUUGGGCCGAAUGGAGGAUAAGGGUGUAUUGUGUCUGUGA